CUCCUGACGACGCACGUCCCUCAGACGCCGCCGCGGUGGCUGACUUGCCUCUGCAGAGCCAUGGCGGCGUCCGUCCGGUCCGCGCGCGCUCCGCCGGGCACUGAUAAAGUACAGAAAGGCAAGGCUGGACAUACCUCAGGGCCCAGUAAAGCCAGCCACAUGGGGAAACUCUUGGGUUUUGAGUGGACGGAUGUGUCCAGCUGGGGAAAGCUGGUGACUCUGCUGAAUCGACCAACGGAUCCUGCAAGCCUGGCUGUCUUCCGUUUUCUCUUUGGAUUGUUGAUGGUGCUGGACAUUCCCCAGGAGCGGGGGCUUAGCUCCCUAGACCGAAGAUACCUGGAUGGGCUGGAGGUGUGCCGCUUUCCCUUGCUGGAUGCCCUGCAGCCACUGCCACUUGACUGGAUGUAUCUUGUCUAUACCAUUAUGUUUCUGGGGGCACUGGGCAUGAUGCUGGGCCUGUGCUACCGGAUAAGCUGUGUGUUAUUUCUGCUGCCAUACUGGUAUGUGUUCCUUCUGGACAAGACGUCAUGGAACAACCACUCCUAUCUAUAUGGUUUGUUGGCCUUUCAGCUGACAUUCAUGGAUGCAAACCACUACUGGUCUGUGGACGGCCUGCUGAAUGCCCAGAAACGGAAUGCCCAUGUGCCCCUUUGGAACUAUGCUGUGCUGCGUGGCCAGAUCUUCAUUGUGUACUUCAUUGCGGGUGUGAAAAAGCUGGAUGCAGACUGGGUAGAAGGCUAUUCCAUGGACAACCUUUCCCGGCACUGGCUCUUCAGUCCCUUUAAACUCGUGUUGUCUGAGGAGAUGACUAGUCUCCUAGUGGUGCACUGGUGCGGCCUGCUGCUUGACCUCUCAGCCGGUUACCUGCUCUUCUUCGAUGCAUCAAGACCUAUUGGCCUCCUUUUUGUGUCCUACUUCCACUGCAUGAAUUCCCAGCUUUUCAGCAUUGGUAUGUUCCCCUAUGUCAUGCUGGCCAGCAGCCCUCUCUUCUGCUCCCCUGAGUGGCCUCGGAAGCUGGUAUCUCACUGCCCCAAAAUGCUGCAAGAACUGCUGCCCCUCAGGGCUGCCCCUCAGCCCAGUGCUUCCUGCUUGUAUAAGAGGAGCCGGGCCAAAGGUGGCCAGAAGCCAGGGCUGCGCCAUCAGCUAGGUGCUGCCUUCACCCUGCUCUACCUCCUGGAGCAGCUCUUCCUGCCCUAUUCCCAUUUCCUCACCCAGGGCUAUAACAAUUGGACAAACGGGCUGUACGGCUAUUCCUGGGACAUGAUGGUGCACUCGCGCUCUCACCAGCAUGUGAAGAUCACCUACCGUGAUGGCCAUACUGGCGAGCUGGGCUACCUUAACCCUGGGGUAUUCACACAGAGCCGGCGAUGGAAGGAUCACGCAGACAUGCUGAAGCAAUAUGCCACUUGCCUGAGCCGCCUGCUUCCCAAGUACAAUGUCACUGAGCCCCAGAUCUACUUUGAUAUUUGGGUCUCCAUCAAUGACCGCUUCCAGCAGAGGCUUUUUGAUCCUCGUGUGGACAUUGUGCAGGCAGCCUGGUCCCCUUUCCGGCGUACACCUUGGCUGCAGCCGCUGCUGAUGGACCUGUCUCCUUGGAGGGCCAAGUUACAGGAAAUCAAGAGCAGCCUGGACAACCACACUGAGGUGGUCUUCAUCGCAGACUUCCCUGGUCUGCACUUGGAGAAUUUUGUGAGUGAAGACCUGGGCAACACUAGCAUUCAGCUGCUGCAGGGGGAGGUGACUGUGGAGCUGGUGGAAGAACAGAAGAACCAGACUCUUCAGGAGGGAGAGAAAAUGCAGUUGCCUGCUGGUGAGUAUCAUAAGGUGUACACAGUAUCACCCAGCCCUUCCUGCUACAUGUACGUCUAUGUCAACACUACAGAGGUUGCACUGGAGCAAGACCUGGCAUAUCUGCAAGAAUUAAAGGAGAAGGUGGAGAAUGGGAGUGAAACAGGACCUCUACCACCAGAGCUGCAACCUCUGCUGGAAGGGGAAGUACAAGGGGGCCCUGAGCCAACACCUCUGGUUCAGACCUUUCUUAAACGCCAGCAAAGGCUCCAGGAGAUUGAACGCCGGCGAAAUACCCCUUUCCACGAGCGAUUCUUCCGCUUCUUGCUGCGAAAGCUCUACAUCUUUCGCCGCAGCUUCCUGAUGACUUGUAUCUCACUUCGAAAUCUGGCAUUAGGCCGCCCUUCCCUGGAGCAGCUGGCCCAAGAGGUGACUUAUGCAAACUUGCGACCCUUUGAGCCCGUUGGAGAGUCGAGUCCUUCAAACACAGAUUCUUCAAAUCCUAAUCCUGAACCAAAUUCCGUCCCUGUCCACUCAGAGUUCUGAGAGGGGCCAGACGUUGGGUACAGAUGUGGGAGUAGCCAUUCAUGGGACCCAUUACCUAUGCAGUGGAAAAUUUUUUAAAAUACUAGAUUUUUUUACAUUUUUCUUUCUUGUCCAUAGCUCUUGUAAAUUCAGAGAUGGUAGCUUAGAGGAACCAAGGAAGUAAAAUAAGGAUACGAUUUAUCGGUCCAAGGUUGAGGGGCUAAGAGGGGGUUAAAAGCAAUUGAAAAUGCCUUCUAGGAUAAAGGGGGAGGAGUAAGAUUUAAUUGACUGGCUCCUUGGGGAGAGAUUUAAUAUACCAUGACAAAAACAGUAGCUCACUGUUCUCAAGUGCUUGCUAUAUGCUAGGCACUAUGUGAAGUACCUCCUAUACUACAUUUAGCCCUUAAUGGUGAUAGUCCUAUUUUACAGUUGGAGAAACUGAAGCUGAGAGGUAAUGUAAUUUGCUCGGACAAACCUAGUAAGGAAUGGAUUGAUGGCUUGAACUCAAGUCUGACUUAAGGUUCUGCACCCUGCCUCUUGUAAUUUUCAGAAUCACUGACAAUACUUCUGAAAUAAUGUAGCUUAAAACGUGUCUACUUAAUUAUGAUUAGGAUGGUCACCAGGUUUCUGAAUGCACACAUAUUUUCACAAUUCUGGUUCCUUCUUUUUUCUAUUCUCUAUACAGCCAUUAAUUUUCACUAGCAGUUAUGACUAGUUAUGUUUGUUUCAUGGUUUCCAGUGAUGCUGCGGCUUAGAUUUCUUUCCUGUGCCCUAGACCACUAUCUAGCUCCACAUGGUUAUGCCAGUUUUCAAACUGUUCUGAACAGAACUUACCUUCAGCCCCAACUCAAGACCUGCAUCUCCUUUAUUAGUGAAUGGCAACUAUUUGACGGAGCUGUCAUCAGCCUUAACUCUUUUCCUCACAUUUUAUAAUUUCAAGUUCCAUAAAUUCAACCUCAUUUCUUAAACCUGUUAAUCUCAUCUCUACUACCUGUUGUUUCAGCCUUUAUAUUGUAAUCUAGUUAGAGUCUAGAGCAGGGCUACCAUGUUGUGCAGGUUGGGCCUGAAUAAGGACACCCCACUGAAGCCGAGUGGGGCCUGGCAUUAAGUCCCUAAUUCAUACAGGCAUUGUAUGGGUUGGCAAUGGCUGUGCUACAGGGUAUCUUGAGAAAUUUAAAACGGUGUGAGGGAAAACACUGAUUUUCAGUCCCUUUGCUCAUCUGUGUGACAUACCUCAGCACUAUGUCCUUUGCUAGUAAGUUCAGCUAUCUUCUGUUUCCUGACCACCACCCUCCCUUUGGUAAGAAAAGUACCCCUUCUUCACUUUGGGAGGGGACCCUCAUGAAAGUACUUUUAAUAUAGGCAGGGUUGCUGCUUUUCCAAAACUGUUGAUGUACCACCUCUGUUAACUCAUUUUCCCAAUGAAAAUAUUAGGAGUGGGAUGGAGAAAGGGUGGUCUUAAUACUGCUAAAAGCUGUUCAAUGGAGUCAACUUGGGAUAUCCAGAUUACAGGAAAUCAGGCCUGUGCAACUGCAGCUGUUUUGGAAAUGGGUAAUCAGUAUUUUCAGUCAGGCUUUAGUAUUCCUUUUUAUUCCCAGCAUUUGGAUCUUUUGUCCCUGAUGUCACCCUUUCAAACUUUACAGAAAGGCAAGUACGGUAAUCUCUUACUAACACUUCAUACUUUGGUUCUCAACUAUUUAUAACCACUCACCCCCUGCUGUUUCAUGCCUUUGCUCCUUCCUGUCUUUAAAAUUCUUUUCCCAAGCUGGACAGGACAAGCACCUCUCCUUAGUCUACAAACUUGGGGGCAGGGAUCUUCCUAGCAGAUAUUAAACCUAAACUUAAGGCCAGUUCUCUGGUAUGAACCCACCAGCCUUGACACCCAUUCAUCCUCAAUCCCCUUAUUUGGCCAAUGUGGUCAUACUUGUCUUUAGGCAACAAUGCACUGAUGUCUAAAAGUUUUUUGAAACGUUCUGUGAGCUUUUCAGUGUUAGGAAAAUUGAAGUUCAAGUUUUUUGAGCAAGUUAGCAGAGCUCCAUUGAUACUCCAGAGUUGGAUUUAACUUCACCUUCCCUAACAGGUCUCUAAAUUUUUAAGCCUCCUGGCAAACUCGUGUAAGCAGGAAUUCCUUGGGUCUCACAUUUAUAGCAGGUCUAAGUAAAAAGUUGACCACCACUUGCUUUCACCCAUGCUGGCAUCUUGUACCAACUGGCUUGUCUAUACCUUAGGGCUUAUGCUCAAGAAAGGAUGGUUCAAGCUAUGUGUGGCUGAUGAACUUGCUUCAAACUACCUUUGGAAACUUGUAUCCUGUCACUUUAAAUAAAUUUCAUUUUAGUUCAUUUAUUA